AUGAGACCCAAGGCAUGCAUCAAAUGUCGUCAAUGGAAAGCGAGAUGUGAGUACGACGACAUCGCGGGCGGUUGCACACGUUGUCGCGCUUACAACCAGCCAUGUGUUUUCGACGCCAGUUUCAAGAGAACCCCGAAGGCGCUGUCGGUGCAGCGGAUGAGCGCCGAGAUCGAACGCCUUCGAAAGGAGCUUGAGGAAGCUCAAUCAACCGCAGCAAUUCCUGCGAUAACACCAGCGGAGUCUCGGAAUGGUGCUCUCGUCUCUCUGGACUGGACAUCGCUCUUCCCUGGCGCACAGGAUGAAAGCGCAGAAUCAGCUCCAGCGGUCCAGCCAUCUCAGCCGAUAUACCUUCACACAGCCGAGAGUCCUUCUACGGAAUAUCGAUCCGUGGGAAACGUCUCCCUUACCAGGGCACAAGUCAACGAACAUUUCAAAAUCUACUUUGCCCGCUGUCAUCCUUACCUCCCCUUCAAAAUGACCGUUCGGACGCCGGAAGCCGUUUGGCAAAAGAGCCCACUGUUGUUCUGGGUAAUAUGCAGUGCAGCUGCUCGUUGGAAGGUCCGACUGGAGCUCAUGGCGCCUGUGAGAUCAAUGCUCGCUGAUACCAUUCACUCAUCACCACGUUCGAUUGAAAAGGUGCAGGCCCUUCUGAUCAUGGCCAUGUGGCCAUUUUCCAUCAAAGCCAUCAUGGAGGAUCCCACGGACUACUACUGCAGCCUGGCAACUCAGAUGGCCUUGCAGCUGGGCUUGCACCGUCCCAAUCAAACCCAUCUACACGAUCAUGGUUCGGAUGAACGAGCCAAUGCGCGAAUGGUUGAUGAGGAAGUCAAAACCACAACCUGGCUGGCAUGUUUCAUCAUGAACCAUAGGCAGUCGCUCUGUCGCGGGGUGCCGCAGUCAAUCCGAGUGGACUUCCAUUUACUAAAAGCCUUUGAAAACAAGGCCAUCGAACCCAGAUUGUCGGGUCUCUGUCGAGUCUACAAUCUGGCGAUGCAAGCGAAUUUGGCCAUCGGUGCCGACGCUCCCACAACAUCUGGGAUGCUGGAGCCCGAGAAAAGGCUAGAAGCCGUAAAUCUGUGGACCGAGCGUUUCGCAUCGCUCCAGACAGAGCUUUUUCGAGAUCGGAUCGACGAUGUGGUCAGAACUAGCUUCUUAUACCUAAAACUGCAAGUCCUAUCAUUCGCGCUGCUCGAUGAUAUGCCAGUCUCACCAGGGAUCCUCGACUGCGUGGAGGUUGCAAAACAGGACGCAUACGAACUUGUCGAUCUCUGUGGCAGCCAGAACCUGUCUCUAACUCCUGCCAGUGUCCGCUACGCUAUCUGCUUCGCGGGCUUUGUCUUUGUCAAGAUUCUCCGGUCGUCCUAUAACUCUGCGGUUGAAGUACUCCAGGAUAACAUAGAGCGCGUCUUGGAAGCACUCACCACGACCACAAGCUCCGCGGAAGAUACUUUCCGCAAAGCUUGCAUUACGAUACAAUCCCUCAUGUCGAUCGAGGACAGGAAGCUCUCCUCCCCCAUCUGCACUAGACUCGGUGCAUCGAUGGUGUAUGACUUGUUGCGUAUAUGCGCGGAGCACAAGUACGGACCGAUAAUAGACGAACAAAGGCUGGACCUUGAUUUCUUCGAAUGGAACCUUUAGACUGGCUUUUGAACAGGCUACAGCGAGGCUCGACCCAGAAGAUUCCACCGAGAUGACCACCAUCUCGGACUAUUUCGCCG